CAGCCUGAUAAAGCUCCUUGUGACAGCCUGACUUGCUAUUCUUCCACUAUGCUGCUUUUGCUCUGAGCAGCUCCAAUAUUGAAGCCUCGGAGCUUCCCUACUGAACCUGGAGUUUGCAAAUUGAUCAGCUUUUUAAUCAGCAGCACUGGCUGUUAUGUGUGUGGUUUUUGUUUUGCAUGGUGAAAGCUAGCACUCCACACAAGACAUGACAGCAAAAAAUUCUUCAAAGGAACUUCUUUCUUCUGAAUCUGAGGUUUGCAUCAAGACUUUCAAGGAGCAAAUGCACUUAGAACUUGAGCUUCCGAGAAUCCCGGGAAACCGACCUACAUCUCCUAAAAUUUCUCCACGCAGUUCGCCAAGGAACUCACCAUGCUUUUUCAGAAAGUUGCUGGUGAAUAGAAGCAUUCGUCAACGUCGUCGCUUCACGGUGGCACAUACGUGCUUUGACGUGGAAAAUGGCCCUUCACCAGGUCGGAGCCCACUGGAUCCCCAAGCCAGUUCAUCCUCUGGGUUGGUGCUUCACGCCACCUUCCCUGGUCAUAGCCAGCGCAGAGAGUCUUUUCUCUACAGAUCAGACAGCGAUUAUGACUUGUCACCAAAGGCAAUGUCAAGAAACUCAUCACUUCCAAGCGAGCAACAUGGUGAUGACUUGAUCGUCACUCCUUUUGCCCAGGUCCUUGCCAGCUUGCGAAGUGUGAGGAACAACUUCACUCUACUCACAAAUCUUCAUGGAACAUCCAACAAGAGGUCCCCAGCGGCUAGUCAGCCUUCUGUCUCCAGAGUCAACCUGCAAGAAGAAUCUUAUCAAAAAUUAGCAAUGGAAACGCUGGAGGAACUAGAUUGGUGCUUAGACCAGCUGGAGACCAUACAGACCUACCGCUCUGUCAGCGAGAUGGCUUCUAACAAGUUCAAAAGAAUGUUGAACCGGGAGCUGACACACCUCUCAGAGAUGAGCCGAUCAGGGAACCAAGUGUCUGAAUACAUUUCAAAUACUUUCUUAGACAAACAGAAUGAUGUGGAGAUCCCAUCUCCCACCCAGAAAGACAGAGAGAAAAAGAAGAAGCAGCAGCUCAUGACUCAGAUAAGUGGAGUGAAGAAGCUGAUGCACAGUUCAAGCUUAAACAACACAAGCAUCUCACGCUUUGGAGUCAACACAGAAAAUGAAGAUCACCUGGCCAAGGAGCUAGAAGACCUGAACAAAUGGGGCCUUAACAUCUUCAAUGUGGCUGGAUAUUCACAUAAUCGGCCCCUGACAUGCAUCAUGUAUGCCAUAUUCCAAGAGAGAGACCUCCUAAAGACUUUCAAAAUUUCAUCUGACACAUUCGUGACCUACAUGAUGACUUUGGAAGACCAUUACCAUUCUGAUGUGGCCUAUCAUAACAGUCUGCAUGCUGCUGAUGUAGCCCAGUCAACCCACGUCCUUCUUUCUACACCAGCAUUAGAUGCUGUAUUCACAGAUUUGGAAAUCCUGGCUGCCAUUUUUGCAGCUGCCAUCCAUGACGUCGAUCAUCCUGGAGUCUCCAAUCAGUUUCUCAUCAACACAAAUUCUGAACUUGCUUUGAUGUAUAAUGAUGAAUCCGUAUUGGAAAACCAUCACCUUGCUGUGGGUUUCAAGCUGCUGCAAGAAGAGCACUGUGACAUCUUUCAGAAUCUCACCAAGAAGCAGCGUCAGACACUCAGGAAAAUGGUGAUUGACAUGGUAUUAGCAACUGAUAUGUCCAAACAUAUGAGCCUGCUGGCAGACCUGAAAACAAUGGUAGAAACAAAGAAAGUCACAAGCUCAGGCGUUCUUCUCCUGGACAACUACACUGAUCGCAUACAGGUCCUUCGCAACAUGGUACACUGUGCAGACCUGAGCAACCCCACCAAAUCCUUGGAAUUGUAUCGGCAAUGGACAGAUCGCAUCAUGGAGGAAUUUUUCCAACAGGGAGACAAAGAACGAGAGAGGGGAAUGGAGAUUAGCCCAAUGUGUGACAAACACACAGCUUCUGUGGAAAAAUCCCAGGUUGGUUUCAUUGACUACAUUGUCCAUCCAUUGUGGGAGACCUGGGCAGAUCUAGUACAGCCCGAUGCUCAAGACAUUCUGGACACAUUAGAAGACAACAGGAACUGGUACCAGAGUAUGAUACCCCAGAGCCCUUCUCCUCCACUGGACGAGAGGAACAGAGACUGCCAGGGUCUGAUGGAGAAGUUUCAAUUUGAACUGACCCUUGAAGAAGAUGAUUCUGAAGGACCUGAAAAAGAGGGAGAGGGUCACAACUAUUUCAGCAGCACAAAGACACUUUGUGUGAUUGAUCCAGAAAAUAGGGAUUCACUGGGAGAGACUGAUGUAGACAUUGCAACAGAAGACAAGACCCCAAUCGACACAUAAUCUCGCUCUCCCUGUGGAGAUGUACUUUCCACCCUUGACAAGCAUGCCAGCUAUGCAGUAGGGCCAGCCUGCAAUGAUGGCUGAGGCCUGCAUAGGACAAAGGCCAUCUGGCCUUUCCAGUUACUUGAGUUCGGAGUCAGAACGCAAGGCCAUGAAGCAAAGAGCAGCUCAGGAAAUGCCAUGGUUGACUUGCCUUGCUUGCAAGCUUGGCAAAGAGCUGAAGCUUUAUGUAGUAGUGGCAGCCAGUUCCCAUCACAACUAAAUGGCUUGAAAAAUGGAAGACACAAAACUGAGAGAUUUCGCUGCACUGUGUCAGGGAACUUGCCCUGACGAGUGACUGAAUUUACUAAUAACUUCACUUAUAAAUCUGCUCACCUGUCUCCUUGUCUGCCAACCUGUGUGCCUUUUUUGUAGAACAUUCUCAUGUCUUUGAAAUGCCUGUUGAAUACUUAGAGUUUAGUACCAACUUCUAUGUGGAUAAGCAUUUAAAAUUGACAUAAAUUUUUUGACUCUGUCUGGGGACAAAAAAAAAGGAAAGAAAACAGUCUUCCUUCUUUCUUGGGCAAUAUCUUUUGCUUUCCUACAGUUAACUUUUGCAAACACAUAGAAAGGACACACUGCUAACCACAUUCUAUUUCCUUCUUGGAGGCCAGUCCAGUUCUACCAGGGCCCUUAUAACUUAGAUCUGUUUGCCUGCUUCAAACAGUCCUUUUUUCUCUGAAGUUUUGCUGUUUUGCUGUAAGCAGAAUCAAGUUGAACAAAUUGGGAAGGGUAGGAAGGGGCAGUGGUAUUGUUUGCCAUGAACAGUCUGUGUAGAAGUCAGCUGAGUAGAACAGUGGGCCCCCUUGUGUCCUGGCCCUCUGUGAGUUGCACAGCCCCCUGCCCUAUUCUCUCACCCCUCUUGACUCAACCCUGCCGUUUACCACUUGAUGCUGCUGUCAUUCUCUUGCAUUGCCUUCUGCACUAGCACCUCCCUCUGGUUCCCGUUUAUAACCAUGUAUUUAUUACACAAUGUAAAUAAUGUAAUGUUUUGUAAGUUAUUAAUUUAUAUAUCUAACAUUGCCUGCCAAUGGUGGUGUUAAAUUUGUGUAGAAAACUCUGCCUAAGAGUUGCAACUUUUUCUUGUACAUUUGUAUGGUGUAUUAUAUAACCCCAACAAUAUGUAAGAGAGGCCCCCUCAGCAGUAAGGACAGGGAAGGGCCUUAAUUCCAGGGUCUGCCCUCGCCUUGUCUGACUUGCUAACUCUGCACAAGCCCUUUAUGAACCAGUUUUGCAAACAGGAUUCUCACAUUAGAUACUAAAUGGUUUAUACUGAGCUUUUACUUUUGUAUUGUUUGAUAGGGGUAGAGGGCAUUGGGCUACAGUUUUUAACCCAUGUUCUAUCCAAGUCUAUAGACACAUGAAUUGGGUUAUAUCUGGGUUCAACUAUGAUUGUGGCUUUGGUUUCAAAACAACACUACAUUUGCUCACGAGAGAUUCUUCUGAGUGUUCCCAAACUACUGACUUUGAAGAGCUAAGCCUCUUGCCUGCCCCUGAUGCAGAAAUGACGUGUUCUAAUUCAUUAUGAGAGAAAACAAUAAAACAAUGUGAAUUUUGAUAAUAAAAUGUGAACUGAUGUAGUAAAUGAUGCAAAUGUGAAGCUUCUUCUGAUAACACUUGUUAGGCCUCUUCCUUGUGUCAGUUUCAGUUUGUAAAAUGUGUUUCAUGCUUCAGUUCAGCAUUGUGACUCAAGUUUCAGAAAAUGGCACAGAUGUGCAUGACCAAUGGGUUUGUGUGUCUAUAAACACUGCAUUGUUUCCAGUGGACAGUAUAUUGUUUUCAAAAGUUUCUCACUGUGUAUGUUAUAAUAUUAGUAUUAUAUACAUAUAUAUAUUGUGCAAAAAUGCAUUCUUAAAAGACUUUUAUAUGAGCUGAAUAAACAAAAGCAUGAUUAGAUUAGA